AUGGGUUGGCUUUGGGGCAGCAGCGACAACUCCAAUGUUAAGAGCAACCUCGAUCCUUCCUUGCAAGACUUCUUGAAGAAAGAAGCUCCGACCGGUCCAAAGCCGUCUCUGCCGUCAAAACCCGCCGAGAAACCCAGAGAAGCAGCGCUGCCUGCAGAACACCAGACCGACAGCCCCGAGAAGCCCGUUGUUCCGCCGCAAUCGCAGUUCCAAGACGGUCGUUAUGCGCAUCUUUGGAAAGACUACGUGCCCCAGAACCAGCUAGUAAAUCGAUCCAAGUCGGAGCAAGACAAGCUCAGGGACAUUGUGGACGCUUUCAAUGACCGCAAAGGCGAGGUUGGACGGAUAGCCCUUGAGAACUGUGCGCUGGAGUACAUGGAGCAAUUCGAGUGCUUCAGGGCGCCCAAGACGUACUGGCAGAUUUCAACACUGUGCAAUGCCGAGUCGAGAAAGUUCAAUCGCUGCUAUGACAUGCAGUCCAAGUUUCUGAAGGCACUGGGCUACCUCACCAUGGACGUUCGAAGCGCUGAAGACAGCGAGCGGAUACAAAUGCAUGCGGACAAGCUGUACCAGCAGAUGAUAGAACAGGAAACCGCGAUCGAGAAGGCAAAGGCGGAGGGCAGAGAACCGCCCAAGUUCGAGAGCGUGCUGUCGAAGCAAAAUGUCGCUCGGGCUAUGUCAGGCCAAUCAUUAACUGCGGCACCAAUCGCGGAUAAUCCUCAGGUAGAGGACGACACGCAAGAACUGUGGAAACUUAUCAAACCCGAAUCGCGCGCCCGGUACGAGAAGCUGCUGGCAGAAAUGCCCCCCUCAGAGCAGGACAUCGAGAAGAGGGCCUUGAUAGGCGAGAUACAAGCGAACAUCGGGCAGGCGAAACAGGUGCAGGACACAUUCGUUGAGGAGCGGAUAAAUCGAAUGAAGAGGAGGGAGGCUGGACAGUCCACAAUAGGCGAUACCAUUAAAAGGCUGUGGGGAUGGGACCGGAAUGCUUAG